CGUAUGUCGCUGGCAAAACCAAUCGAUAAUGCGCAGGCUAUAAGUACAGCCGCUCAGGACUCAGAUUAAUAUUCACCGUCCGUGUCGUCUUCGUUCAGAAUCAAGGUGGCUUGAUUUCGCUGCCAGCGUUUUUGUCUCUGGACUUUCGCUGAAUUUUCAGCCCUGAGUUUCCAAGAUGGACACCUCCCAUUCUCGUAUACCGAACGAGACCACCCCUCUGGUCCCUGCAGAGGCCCCAAAGCCUAAAACUCCACUUCCAAAACUCCAGUUGGGCAUAGUUUUGACGAUACAAUUCGCGGAAGCCAUCGCUUCCACCUCUAUAUUCCCGUACAUCAAUCAGCUUAUCAGAGAACUUGGGAUCACGAGGGGUGACGAUGCAGCUGUGGGGUAUUAUGCUGGAAUCAUUGAAUCUCUGUUUUUCGUCACACAGGCACUAACAGUACUGAGGUGGAGUAGAUUGUCUGAUCGUAUUGGGCGCAAGCCGGUGUUGGUGAUUGGACUCUUAGGUGCUUGCAUUUCGAGCCUGUGUUUCGGCCUCUCAACGACCUUCUGGAGUCUUGUCAUUAGCCGCUGUGUGUGCGGUGUUCUAAAUGGCAACAUUGGAGUUAUGAAGACCAUGAUGGGAGAAUUGACGGACUCCACAAAUAUGGCUCAGGCGUUUUCCUUGAUCCCGAUCAUCUGGAGCCUUGGAAACUUUCUUGGGCAAGUGAACUAUCCUUUAAUGGGUGGAACGCUUGCGCGACCGCAAGAUCAUUGGCCCGUAUUAUUUGCCAAUUCAUUCUGGGGAAAUUACCCAUACUUUCUGCCUUGCGCAGUGGCAGCCUGUGUGCUCUUUGUGGCCUUUUUCGCAAUGGUAUUCUUCUUAGAAGAAACAUUAUCAACAAAGCGUCGACCCAAGUUGUCAUCAGCCACGCUCGGCGAUUCGAGUGGUGAAUCACUGCCUCAACAAUCCAUGGCAGAUGUCUCUUUACGAUCUCUACUCACACCUACUGUUGUCAUUCCAAUUGCCAACUAUACCGUAUUUGCUUUCCUUGACAUUUCUCGCAGGGCUCUCGUGCCGCUGUUCUUUUCGACACCUACCUAUCUUGGUGGUCUUGGAUUUGAUCCUUCAUCCAUUGGCUCAUGGCUAGCGUUGUUCGGGAUCAUGGAUGGUGUCCUUCAGGCAUUGCUCUUCGCCAAACUUGUCGAUCGGCUUGGUCCAAAGCGUCUAUUCAGUGUGUCAGUAUCGUCCUACGCAUUGCUCAUGGUUGUGUUGCCGAUAAUGUCCUGGCUUGUACGCGCAAGGGGUGGAGUUGAUCAUGCAGUCACGUUUGCUUUACUUUGCCAACUAGUUUUGUCAGCCAUAUGUAGCAUGGGACUUGGUGCGUGUUGCAGUGACAUCAACUUGUCGUUACAAAUUUACCUCAGUACAGGGACUCUCUUAAUGUUUAUGAGAGCUUCUGCCCCUACGAAGAAUACGCUUGGCGCCAUCAAUGGUCUUGGCCAAACAUCCGCGUCGGUAGCUCGUGCCAUUGGGCCUGCCUUGGCGACCUCGCUAUUUGCUGCAUCAAAGGAACACAAUCUUCUCGGAGGAAACGCAGUAUUCGGCAUCUUAUUUAUGAUGGCUAUUGCGCAGAGCUGGUUGGGGUCGCAGCUGCCAGAUAAACUACAAGACAGGGAUGAAUGAAAGGUCAGCAUCUAUGAAUAUUUGAAAUCAGUUCAGCGUGUAUGAGUGCCUCGAAGCUUUAAUAGAGUUGUAAGAAAUACUUACGUUAAUUCUGAUACAGCAAACUAUAAUGUUUGACAAAACCACCAUUCAAGUGCACCUGAUAAGUACUGCCGGAUCUCGUGAGAUUCGUUAAGCCAAUUUCUGGCUACUGAUUGCACACACAUGCUACCACUUCAAGGGUUGUACCGUGC